AUGGACAUGCUAAGAUUGAGUGCGUCUCAAGUCGAUUUCGAGUACAAUAAACUAGAUAAUAUGCAUUCUUCAAUCACUCUAUAUAACGAUACUCACCAACCCGUUGCUUAUAAGUUUAAGGCUACUAAUCUCAACAUUUUCUUGGUCAAACCCCCUUUGGGAAUAGUGCAGCCCAGACAGAGUUAAUUAGUCACCAUUAUACUUAAUAGCAAAGUCCUUGAGACUAAUUCAAUCAAGGAUUUUAAUGAAAAAUUGCAAUUGAUUACAACCAUCUUGCCUCAAGGCGUUCAAGAUGCAGGACCCAUAUUCUUGGACAAAAUGAGGAAGUUUGAAAAAUAAAAGAUCAAUAUUGCUAUUCUUACUCAGGAUAGAAAAAUCGUUGCUCAAAGUCAAGGAAAUCAAAGUCAAAUGUUCCAUUCAGUUAAUAAAUAAUUUGGAUAGGUGGAACCUACACGUGUCAUUGCUACUCCUACUGCUGAUAAGGCUAAAAUCGAAGCUGAAUACUUUUGCAAUAAAUUUGAAGUAUUACAACAGGAAGUCACCAAGAAGGAAUAAGAAUUACAAGAUCUUUAAAAAUUCAACAAUGGUUUGAGUGAAAAAGCAAAUAUCAAAUCAAAAUCUGGAAAAUUGGAUAAACUCAUUUUCCUGUUAUCCUUACUUGUGUCUUUUUUCUUGAGUUUUCAUUACCAAAACCAUAUUUUAUAAGCAAUCAAUUUAUGA